UAGGAGAUCCCAACGUAUUCAAAAUGCAGUUUCUCCUUCCCAGGACAAGGAAAUUGAACGUAUAAUCGAAGAGAUAACUCUGAGUGAAGGUGAAAAGGAUGUUGAUGUGCCACUUGAUGAUGAGACGAGGAACUACCAGAGCCAAUCCAGACACAGGAGAGCAUGGAAGAAAAAGUCAACCAUCUUUUACAACAAAUUGAUGAACAAAGAAAGACUAUAGAAGAAUUAAACUUCAAGGCUACUAGGAGUUCUUCCCCAACUGGAAGCCCUCGUGGAGCAGAUGUCAGAUAUCGAAACUUGUAUUUUGAGUCGCAAAAGAAGAUUGAAUCCUUGAUGAAUGAAAACCACCAGCUAGCUCUCAAGUUGGAACGAGCCCUUGGCAAACUCGAAGCAUAUGAGAACGGAGCCUGUGCAAUUUCUGAAGGACUGAAGAAAAUGAAGGAGAUGAUCUUGGUCACAAACAUGACAAGAUCAACUGAAACAGCAGUGAAUUUUUCUACUCAGGCCUUUCCUUCGAUGGAUGCAGGUGCCGAGCCAAAAACUAAUCCUAAGAAGAAGAAAGCUCGUACCGGUAAAUAGGCUUCAAUCUAGUUGAAUCUUAGUUGGUGUUUGUCAGUGUUUUGGUUGACAUUGAAUUAGAAGAUCUUGGCAAGUCCGUGGUGUUACCAUUGUAUCCAAACUUGGAGCUUUUGUGUUUGGUAAUGCUGAUUGCAUAGAGGACUUGGUGUUUUAGUUUCAUAACAAGGAUUUAAGUG